AUGCCAAGUCAAGAUAAAGCAGUUGAUGUGCAUUCUCUUUAUGAUACCAUUCUUAUUCUUGAUUUUGGGUCACAAUACUCGCAUUUAAUCACCCGUAGGAUACGUGAAUCUGGUGUUUACUGUGAGAUGCUACCAUGCACUCAAAAAAUAAGUGACUUACAUUUUAAUCCGAAAGGCAUCAUUCUUUCUGGGAGUCCAUAUUCUGUCUAUGACCAGGACGCUCCGCGCGUUGAUCCUGCCGUAUUUAAACUUGGCGUUCCAAUACUCGGAAUAUGUUACGGUCUUCAGGAAAUCGCAUGGAAUCAUAAUGGAUCAAUUGUUCCUUGUGAUUGUCGUGAAUAUGGACACGCUUUGUUGAGUAUUUUAAAAAAUCAAGAUCACCUCUUAAUGAAUAAAUUAUUCGAAAAUUUAGAAGGUGAUAUACAGGUUUGGAUGAGUCAUGGUGAUCAAUUAGACAAAUUACCGGCAGAUUUCAGGGUUAUAGGAAAAACCUCAACUUCGCCAUAUGCGGCGAUCGCUCACGAAGAGAAACAGAUCUUUGGUAUACAAUUUCACCCUGAAGUCACGCAUACACCUUUAGGCAAAGAAAUUUUAAGAAAUUUUGUUAUUGGGAUAUGUCGGGCUCAAGCUAAUUGGACGAUGGAAUCAUUUAUUGAUAAAGAAAUUGCUCGUAUACGUCAAAUUGUUGGACCGAAUGGACAGGUAGUUGGAGCGGUGAGUGGUGGAGUAGAUAGUACAGUGGCAGCUAAAUUAAUGAAGGAGGCUAUUGGAAAUAGGUUUCACGCCAUUCUUGUUGACAAUGGUGUCAUGCGAUUAAAUGAAUGUGAAACUGUAAAGAAACAGUUAGGAGACCAUCUUGGAAUAAAUCUAAGAGUUGUACAAGUUUCAGAUUUAUUUCUUAAUCGACUCAAAGGUAUAACUGAUCCCGAAAAGAAACGUAAAAUAAUUGGAAACACUUUUAUCGAAGUAUUUGAAGCUGAGGCCGCAAAAAUUGAUCAGGAAACAAAGGAAGGCAAUCAUGGUGAAAUUCAAUACCUUUUGCAAGGUACCUUGUAUCCGGAUGUAAUUGAAAGCAUCUCUUUUAAAGGCCCUAGUGCAACAAUAAAGACACAUCAUAAUGUGGGCGGUUUAUUGGAAAAUAUGAAAUUAAAACUUAUUGAACCUCUUCGGGAACUAUUUAAAGACGAAGUACGCGAGCUUGGUAAAGUCUUGGGGUUAGACGAAGAACUCAUCUGGCGACAUCCAUUCCCUGGACCUGGCAUAGCUAUUAGAAUUCUUGGUGAAGUCACUCCCGAGCAGGUGGCAAUUGCACGAGCAGCAGAUCACAUUUAUAUUGAAGAAAUUAAAAAAGCAGGCCUCUAUCGAAAAAUAGCACAAGCUUAUGCUGCAUUAUUGCCAGUCAAAGCAGUCGGAGUGAUGGGAGAUAAACGCACAUAUGAACAAGUUAUUGCGUUACGUGCUGUUGAGACAAGUGAUUUUAUGACUGCUGAUUGGUACCCGUUUCCUUAUGACGUCUUAAAACAUAUUAGUAAUAGGAUUAUCAAUGAGAUUAAAGGUGUUAACCGCGUUGUUUACGAUAUUUCAAGUAAACCUCCGGCUACAAUAGAAUGGUAA